UGUUCAGAUUCGGGCUUGAGGGAUCGUCUCAGUUCACGUGUUAUAAAAAGGUUCCCAGGGAAACAGCACAUCAGCAUCCAAAGCAUGCUGCUUCGCCUCCAAACAAUCAUUCAAACAGCAGACUGGGCUUCAUCACUGGGUUUCCAGCACAGUGUCUGAAAUGUGUGCAGCUAUAAGGAACUGUAACUCCAAAUAACUCCAGGAAUCACUGCAGAAGAUGAAGAAGCAUUCGGCUAGAGUGGCACCAAUAGUUGCUUACAGUGCCUCAGUUUUAACAGCUUCAACAAUAGAAGGAGAAGAAGCUUCAGAGAAUCGGAAUGAAAAUCUUAAUCACGAUAAUAAUGCUAAGACACGUUGUCAAUCAUGCUCCUCAGCGUUCUUCAAGAUUUUCUGGGGCUUUCUGGUCAUUCUCUCUGUGUCAUCCUCCUGGGUUGGUACCACACAGAUUGUCAAAGUCACAUACAAGAGCUUCCAUUGUCCUUUAUUUAUGACUUGGUUCUCUACAAAUUGGAACAUAAUGUUUUUUCCUAUAUACUACUCGGGACACCUUGCAACAGCACAAGAAAGACGGACAAUAAUUAAAAAAAUUAGAGAAUGCAGUAGGAUAUUUGGUGAAGAGGGACUAACUCUGAGACUCUUCCUGAAAAGAACAGCCCCAUUUUCUAUUCUCUGGACAUUAACUAAUUACCUAUAUUUACUGGCUUUGAAGAAAUUAACAGCCACAGAUGUUUCUGCUCUCUUUUGUUGCAACAAAGCAUUUGUCUUUCUGUUGUCUUGGAUUGUGCUCAAAGACAAGUUCAUGGGAGUUAGAAUAGUUGCUGUAAUCAUGGCAAUUACUGGAAUUGUAAUGAUGGCAUAUGCAGAUGGUUUCCACGGUGAUUCAAUCAUGGGAGUCGCACUGGCUGUUGGAUCUGCAUCCACGUCAGCAUUAUACAAGGUCCUAUUUAAGAUGUUUCUGGGAAGUGCAAAUUUUGGAGAAGCAGCCUAUUUCAUUUCUACUCUGGGCUUCUUCAAUUUAAUUUUUAUAUCAUCAGCACCGGUCAUAUUGUAUUUUACAAAAGUGGAGUAUUGGUCCUCAUUUUCUGCUUUGCCAUGGGGUUACCUCUGUGGAAUUGCUGGACUUUGGUUAGCCUUCAAUAUCCUUGUGAAUGUCGGCGUUGUCUUAACAUAUCCUAUACUCAUAUCCAUUGGGACUGUACUCAGCGUCCCUGGAAAUGCAGUUGUUGACCUCCUGAAACAUGAGGUAAUAUUCAGCAUGGUGCGAUUAGCUGCAACAACCAUUAUAUGUAUUGGCUUUCUAUUGAUGCUACUUCCCGAGGAAUGGGAUGAGAUAACUUUAAAGUUUAUUAACAGAUUAAAAGAAAAGAAAAAUGAGGAACAAACUGAAGAUGUCACAGAGUCCAGUGUCCACACCCGGACCAGAAGCAGAGCGAAUGGUACAGUGUCAAUACCUUUGGCUUAAAAGCAGUCAUGUUUUUAAAUGCACGGGAAUGUAUAUUCUGUGAAUAUGAUUUAGUUUUGUGUAACACAGUAUGCUAUUAUGACAUUACUUUUUGAAGCAGAUCUGCUGUAUACAAUAUAAAUAUAAUACAGUUUCACUAUAAAGAAUAUAUUAUUGCAAUUUAAUCUUUAUAAAGUUAAAUGGAAAUGGAUGUUAAUGUCUAAUAAAUUUUUGUAUUG